CUCGUAAAGGCGGAACACAAACCGACUUGUUCCGCUAUCCGUACUCUUUCGCCGACGUCGUUUAAUACCAUCACUCCCCUCCACGCGUUUACCCGCGAAUACAACCGUAUUCUUCCUUCCUUUCCGUCCUCCCUUCAUCUUCCUGCAGUUACUCUCGGCUCUUAGCCGCCUUUUUUGACGCGAUUACCAAACGAGAGUUACCAAUUCAGCCGUCGAUUUCGAUUCCACAUAGGUUUGUAAGAUAAUUCAUUCCGCGAGUUAUUUCCAUUUUUGGGCUGGGUAUCUGCAUGAGCCCGUUUCGUCUGCGGAUUUCCUCGAUCUUCUCCGUAUCAAGAGUAAUGGCGGAAGAAUCGGGAUCCUCUGCUUCUGCUGCCGCUUCCGCCACCGCCGCUGCUAGCCAGGGUUCAAAUCCGGCGGCAUCUUCCUGGGCGAAGACGAGAUCCUUGUGGCCUUCCGUACUCCGAUGGAUUCCAACUUCUACCGACCACAUCAUCGCCGCCGAGAAGCGCCUUCUCUCCAUCGUCAAGACUCCUUAUGUUCAAGAGCAAGUUAAUAUAGGUACAGGGCCGCCAGGGUCCAAGGUCAGGUGGUUUCGUUCUACAAGUAAUGAGCCAAGGUUCAUCAACACAGUUACCUUCGAUAGCAAAGAGGGUGCUCCCACACUUGUAAUGGUCCAUGGAUACGGCGCUUCCCAAGGGUUCUUCUUCCGAAAUUUUGAUGCUCUCGCUGCAAAGUUCAAGGUCAUCGCCAUUGAUCAGAUCGGUUGGGGUGGAUCCAGUCGACCUGACUUUACUUGCAAAAGCACUGAAGAAACAGAAGCAUGGUUUAUUGACUCUUUUGAGGAAUGGCGAAAGGCUAAGAACUUAGAUAACUUCAUCUUGCUUGGGCAUUCUUUCGGAGGUUAUGUAGCUGCUAAGUAUGCUCUUAAGCAUCCUGAGCAUGUUCAGCAAUUGAUUUUGGUGGGAUCGGCUGGAUUUUCAUCAGAAGCUGAUUCCAAGUCCGAAUGGCUUACCAAAUUCAGAGCGACGUGGAAAGGUGCAAUUAUUAAUCAUCUAUGGGAGUCAAAUUUUACUCCUCAAAAGGUAGUUAGAGGGUUAGGUCCUUGGGGUCCAGAUAUUGUUCGAAGGUACACCUCUGCUAGAUUCGGUGCAUAUGCAAAUGGAGAGAUGUUGAGUGAGACUGAAUCCAACUUGCUAACAGAUUAUGUGUACCAUACUUUGGCAGCCAAGGCAAGUGGAGAGCUGUGUCUCAAGUACAUAUUUUCCUUUGGUGCAUUUGCUCGGAUGCCCCUAUUACAGAGGGCGUCAGAGUGGAAAGUACCCACGACAUUCAUAUAUGGAGUUCAGGAUUGGAUGAACUAUAAAGGCGCUCAAGAAGCUCGCAAGCAGAUGAAAGUCCCUUGUGAAAUCAUCAGGGUUCCUCAGGGAGGGCACUUUGUGUUCAUAGACAACCCAGUUGGGUUCCAUUCAGCCGUGCUCUACGCCUGCAGAAAGUUCAUCUCUAGCAACCCGGAUAGCGAAUCCCUUCCUGAAGAUCUUACCUUGGUAUAGUAGGAGGUUUCUUCUGUAUCUUAAUCCAUUUUUUAUUUCUCAAGUUGUGUAUACACCUCAAGUUUAAAGUUGCAACAUUUUGUAUCCAGUGUAGUGUACCCUUGCUGUAUGAUGUUAUUUAUGCUUCAGAUUCUGAGAUCCAAUAAAAGUCAUUACAACAAAUUGAAACGGACAAAAAAAGUGACUUCCAUUUCCCAGAGGUCCCCAGGUGAAAAGAGUGAAUGUAAAAUUUUGGGAAGUUUGGCAGUGAAAAGAUUUUGACAGUGAUGCAUGCAAGUUGUGAAAGAAAGACUAUUGCGUCUAUAUCUUUUUCAUCCGUUUCUUCUGUCUUUUUACUCUUUUUGCUUUAUUACUG